GCCUGGCCCCUGGCCCUCACUGGCUGUCUGCCUGGCCCCUGGCCCUCACUGGCUGUCUGCCUGGCCCUCGCUGUCUGCCUGGCCCUCACUGGCUGUCUGCCUGGCUGCCUCCGGCGUGAGUGCUCGUAACACUGACAGGUCGUCUCUCCAAAAGCAAGAUUCUUGAGAAGGUUUGGGUGAGUGAGGAGGGUGAAGCAUGGCGUGCCAGCACAGCCUGAGGGAGGCCAGUCACCACCACACAACCCUCAACACCUCUCAAAGUUAACCAUUCUGGUGUUGGUUGCUCAGAGCUUGAGCGCGUCUUGCACAGCCCGCACCAGUACAGUGCAGGUCCCGGGCCACGUUGUUAAGGAGUGAGAAGCAGCGUUGCAAGCAUUGCAGAGGUGGCCGCCGGCCCUGGUGAGUGUGCACCAGCAUGGGGCGCCAGGUGACAGGAGUGGGUCAGGCCGUGAGGGCCACACUGCACCUGCUGGUGAUCCUGGUGUGGGUGCUGGCCCAUGUGUCCUGUGUAUCCCUGAUAGCUAUGUGUCCUCCAGCGGGCCCGGGGAACACCAGCCAGUACUGCAGGUGCGAGCGGGGCACCUUCCGCAGUGGCCGCAACCUCACCAUCCUCUGUGACUUUAAUAACAAAGAGGAUGUUGUACUGUCCAGCGCUUUGUAUCCCUUCCGGAGGUUGGGCCUGAUGACUGCCUAUGUGCGGAUCAUGAAUGCUAUCAGUGUGCUGGUGACUGAGGACUUCCUGCUGGAGUGGUUGACGGUGCCAUCGGUAGGCUUGGACUUAUGGGAGUGUGGGAGGGUCACCGUGGUUCCCACGCCCUGGCAGCUCAAUCCCACCGUCCACGGAUCCUUCAGUACCUUCGUCGGUGUUGGGAUCGUCGGCUGCAUCGUGCCGUAUAUCCCUACUGGGUUUCUGCGGGACAAGACGGCUGCAGGAUUGAGGAUCAGUAGAAGCACAGUAGGAGUCCUCAAUAGAGGCUUCCUCAGCAACAUCCGUGAGAUGAGGUACCUGGUACUGGAGGACUCGACAGUUGAUUUUGUGGAUGGGCCGGUGGCAUCUGAGGGCUUUGUGACUCUUAGUAACCGAACAACCGAUGGCAGAAAUGGUCUCGUCUUAUCCAAUGUUACCAUCCAGCGACUGGGAAAUGGAGCCUUCAACCUAAUCCAUCAGAACAGAGGCAACGGAUUCAAGAUGGAGAUGCUCGGAUGUUACCUGGGACAGGUGGGCACGGGGGCCUUCACAGUUACCGGCGACAUAGCUGUCACCAUCAAAGCCAACCGCUUCAGGAGGCUUGAGAAGGAGGCUUUCAAGAUUGAUGUUGCGAGAGAGCUCAAAUUUGAAGAGAAUGUAGCACUGUCUGUGGACAGACUGGCUCUGGCAGCCAUCAACUGCCAUAAUCUCACUUCCCUGGAGAGGAACACAGUGCACCUCGACACCAUGCCGGAUCCACUCAAGAACUCAAGCGUCAUCCCUUUCCAUGUCUCUUGUGGCAAUCCCCAGAUAUUCACGGUGAUCAGCCCAGCACAGCCACGACUGGUGGAGGUGACAAGCAUAGCCACCUGGGUACUACUUGCCAUCCUUCUCCUCUUCGUCCUGGUUAUACUAAUAUAUGUAGUGUUUUGGUGGCGGAGUGGAAGUAACCAAAAGCGUGAGUAUAGGAAGAAUGAUACCUUCCACUUCUUCAACGGUCUGAGGUCCUCGAAGGAAAACUUGACCAUUCUUCCAGAUCUCAACAUGACCGAAGUCCCAGCAGGAGUAUCAAACCCUCUCUAUGACAAGACCGAACCUAGUUGUUCCAAGUAACUCAAGUACACAUCAUACCUAGGAAUAUAAUGGAUUAUACAAUUAAA